AUGGGCGCCCAGCAAUCCUCUGGCCGGGGCCAGGGCGAGGACCCCUCCCAGCCCGUCAAAACAUGUUACUACGAGCUUCUCGGCGUCCAGCGCGAUGCCACCGACGAUGAGUAUAUUCUCUCCUCUUUCCGGCAAGCGCUGACCCAUGCAUUGUUUCUGACCAUUUUCCAUGUGUAUAGAAUCAAGAAAUCCUACAGAAGACGCGCACUGGAGCUUCACCCCGAUCGGAACCUCAACGAUGUCCAGAAUGCAACCCGUCGCUUUGCCGAGAUCCAGGCCGCAUACGAAGUCCUAUCAGACCCGCAGGAAAGGUCGUGGUAUGACUCCCAUCGCGAAGCCAUUCUGCGUGGUGCCGACCCCGACUCGGACGACCGCAAUCCUGAGUACAACGACGUCAAGCUCACGUCCACCGACGACAUUUUCUCCCUCAUCCGCCGCUUCAAUUCCACCGUGCCCUUCACAGAUGAGCCCUCCGGCUUCUUUGGUAUAGUCAAGGCGACCUUCGAUCACUUGGCCGACGAAGAAGUUGCUGCCGGCGAGUACAUGCCUGGAGAUGCUCCGGACUACCCUUCAUUUGGGUUUUCCACCGAUAGUUAUGAGGCCGUCGCUAAGCCCUUCUACGGCGCCUGGGCGAGCUUUUCUACCCGCAAACCUUUUGCGUGGAAGGACAAAUAUCGACUUUCGGAUGCUCCAGAUCGUCGCGUCCGGCGCCUGAUGGAAAAAGAAAACAAAAAGAUUCGCGAUGAGGCCAUCCGGGACUUCAAUGAUGCCGUCAGGUUCCUUGUCACAUUUGUACGUAAGCGUGACCCCCGCUACCUCCCAAACACACAAACGGCUGCGGAGCGUCAGGAGUCUUUGCGCAAUGCCGCCGCCGCUCAAGCUGCCCGAUCCCGUGCCGCAAACAAGGAGAGGCUUUCCGCAGCAUUCGUUCCCGACUGGGCCCAGACACGGGACGAAGCGGACGCUGGUGCCCAUUUCCCCGAAAGCGAGGAGGAGGAUUCAGAAGUGGAAGAAAUCGAGUGUGUCGUGUGUAGCAAAACGUUCAAAAGUGAGAAAUCGUUUGAGGCGCAUGAAAGAAGUAAGAAACAUGUCAAGGCUGUGCAGCAGUUGAGGCGCCAAAUGAGGGAGGAGGAUCUGGACUUGAGCCUCCAUGAGACGCCUGCUGCAACUGAUAGGGGCACUUCAGUGGAGGACGCACUGGAAGGCGCCGGCGAGCAACCAAAUAUCAAGCCUGUAAAGGGCAACGAUGAAGACCCGGUUGAGUCAGAACUGCGCACCGAAGAAGCCGAAUUGUCUGACACCACAUCCGAACCUCUGGGAGGCGACGAGUAUGCCUCGCGAGCUGACGUCGAGAAGAGACUAUUUGCCGACCAAAACCCCCUAACUGGGACAGGACGAUACGACGCAUCAAAACCUAACCCCGCAGAAGUAUCAGCCAGCCUAGAAAGCCUGUCGCUAGGCGACGACGACGGUGAACAGCAGGACGAUAGCCGGAUACCAUCCAAAAAGGUUGGCAAAGCCAAGGCGAAACGUGAAAAACGAGCGGCCCGUCAGAUGGCCGAAGCGACUCAGGCUGGCAAGCAUACCUGUGGUGUUUGCGAGAAUUCCUUCACCUCCAAGACAAAGCUCUUUGCGCACAUCCGGGAUCUCGAUCACGCCGCACCUGUUGCAAAACCCACAGCAGACGAUAAGAGAAAGAAGCGCUAG